AUGAAGGGACUAGCAGUGGAUUUCUCUUUUGCGCUUCUUCUUCUGGUGGAUUUAGUUCUGGGUCUCGGCGCACAGCCCUUUCCUGGGAUGCAUCCUGACGCACUGCUCCGUGGGAUGAGCGCCGGCUCCAGACGCACUGUGCAGAAGCAGCAGGCCAGCAGGCUGCCCUUCUACAUGAUGCAGCUCUACCGGACCAUGCUGACCGACGACCGGGAUAGGACUCUGGCUGCCAUCGUGAGCCACACCACUACGGAGGACAACCCCGUUCUGCACGACUCCGACUCUGUGAUCAGCCUGGUCGCUAAGAGCUGCCAGCAGAUUGGCAAGAGGUGGUCCGUCACCUUUGACAUGUCCUCUAUGUCUGCAAGCGACGAUGUCCAACUGGCUGAAUUUCGCAUCCGCCUGCCCGCCUUCACAGAAUCUUCCCGAGCCUCAGUGGACAUCUACCACUCCGACAGGGACCGAUGCUCCGGCAUGCACUGCCCAGAGAACAAGCUGUUCCUGGGCCGCCUGAGAGCUCAUCCCAGUUCAAUGGUUUCCCGCUCCUCCUGGAAGGUGUUCAACAUGACAGAGAUGCUCCGUGGCUGGCUGCAGCGGGAGCACUCUGCACAGAGGAUGGAGGAGGAUGAGGCUGAGGUGAAGGAGGAGGAAGAGCAGGAGCAGGAGGGAGUCCAACACCCUAUAGCUGACCGGGUCAUGAUGGUGGUCUUCUCAAGGCAGAACCCAAACAGCCAGCCAAUGCCAACCCUCAUCCGCACAGCAGAGCACUCCAAGUACGUGACCCUGGACCGGGAGCGUGUGACGGCUGGCUCUGGUUCCAGGCCGAGGAGCCGCAGGGCCAAGAGGCACCACCACACCCAGCAGCAGGGACACAGAGUGGCUGGAGCUGGAGCUGGAGCUGCUCCACCCAGCAAGCCCACAGAGGAGGAGGAGAAGGGUCCUCUCUGCAGGAAGGUGGACAUGUGGGUGGACUUCGCGAAGCUCGGCUGGAGCGAGUGGAUCGUCUAUCCCAAACAGUACAACGCCUAUCGCUGUGAAGGGAGCUGUCCAACACCAGUAGAUGAGACCUUUACCCCAACCAACCAUGCAUACAUGCAGAGCCUUCUGAGACUUCACCACUCAGACAAGGUGCCAUGUCUGUCCUGCGUGCCAACACGCCUGGCACCGCUUUCCAUGUUGUACUUUGAGAAUGGGAAGAUGAUCACGAGGCAUCACGAGAACAUGGUGGUGGAGGAGUGCGGCUGCCACUGAGCAAAAGACAUGAACACCUUUUGAUCAAAGGCCAGAUACACUAAAGCUACUGAGCUGUAUACACUCAGAAGAGUCUUUAGCCACAGAACUGAGCGACUCAGAGUCACAACGUGGAUGGAUGUCCACAGGCACUUUACAGAGAUGUCCAGUUUGACACUGGGACAGAGGCUGCUGCUGUG